CGGGGCGACCUACCGCGCUCCGCACUGCUUCCCCAUGGGAUGCCGUCAAAAGGGACAGAUUGUCGACGAUCGUCCACUUUGAGUCUGUAUUGGCAGGGAGGAGAUUAGCAGCUCGGGGCAUGAGGAGCCGAAGCCCCAAGUCAGAUAUAAAAGCCAUGGGCGCCUGCGUCUCCGCUGUCUCGUGAUGACGAUUCAGAGAAGAACCCUAUAUACCUAAUUUCUGCUUCGUCACAAUGCGCGGGCCGAUAGUCGCCGCGCUGGCCAUUGCGACCCUACCUUUCGUCUCUGCUCAACUCUCGUGGGAUGAGGCGUACACCAAGGCCGAAGCAGCCCUGACCAACCUCUCGCUCUCCGAUAAGGUUGGCAUUGCCACGGGCAUCGGCUGGCAGGGAAACGGAGGCUGCGUGGGCAACACCCACCCAGUCGAGUCCAUCGGUUACCCAUCACUUUGCUUGCAAGAUGGUCCCCUUGGCGUCCGCUACGCCUCGUCCAUCACGGCAUUCACCCCCGCCGUACAGGCUGCCUCGACAUGGGAUCGGAACUUGAUCCGCGAGCGAGGGCAGUUCCACGCCGAGGAGGCUAGAGCCUUGGGUGUCCAUGUACUGCUGGCGCCUGUCGCUGGCGCUCUUGGCAAGAUUGCCGAGGGAGGUCGCAACUGGGAAGGAUGGAGCCCUGACCCCUACUUGACCGGCGUCGCUGUUGCGGAGACGAUUGAAGCAAUGCAAGCCGUCGGCGUCCAGGCGACCAUCAAGCACUACAUUGCCAACGAGCAGGAGCUCAGGCGCGAGACCAUGUCGAGCAACGUGGACGACAAGACCAUGCACGAGAUCUACCUCGCGCCGUUCUACGAUGCUGUCAAGUCGGGUGUCGCAGCGACCAUGUGCAGCUACAACAAGCUCGAUGGCACGUGGGCCUGCGAGAAUGACCACGUCAUGAACGAGCUCUUGAAGGGUCAGCUCGGAUACCAGGGAUACAUCAUGACCGACUGGGGCGCGCAGCACUCUAACGCCCCUGCUGCCAACGCUGGCCUGGACAUGUCCAUGCCCGGCAGCAACUACAACGGAGGCGAUGUCUACUGGGGCAAUGGAGGCCUGGAGGGUGCCGUCCAGAGCGGCGAUGUGGCCGAGGAGAGAGUCAACGAUAUGGCGAAGCGUAUCCUCGCCGCCUGGUAUAAGAUGGGGCAGGACGGCGAGUACCCUCCGCUCAACUUGGACCUCAAUGUCCAGGGUGAUCACGGGGCCAAUGUCCGCGCCUGCGCACGCGACGGCAUCGUUCUGCUGCGCAAUGAAGACAACAUCUUGCCAUUGGCGAGCCCCUCGUCCAUUGCGGUUAUUGGCUCUGCUGCUGUAAAGGGAGACCACGCCAACAACGUCUGCGUCGACAAGGGCUGCAAUGACGGUGCCCUGGGUAUGGGCUGGGGCAGCGGGAGUGUCGAGUACUCUUCCUUUAGUGAGCCAUAUGCGGCGAUUGAGGAGAAAGCCCCCGGUGCUGUCACGCUGAGUGACAGUGACGAUGCUUCGAAGGGCGCGGCGGCCGCGAGUGGGAAAGACGUGGCUCUGGUCUUCAUCACAGCUGAUUCUGGCGAGGGGUACAUCACGGUGGAGGGCAAUGCGGGCGACAGGAACAAUCUCGAUCCCUGGCACAAUGGCAACGAGCUGGUCAAGGCCGUCGCCAAGGUGAACGAGAACGUGAUCGUCGUGGUCCACUCUGUGGGCGCCAUCAUCAUGGACGAGAUCCUAGCCCUACCAUCCGUCAAGGCUGUCGUCUGGGCGGGUCUUCCGUCUCAGGAGAGUGGCAACGCGCUCGUCGAUGUACUCUGGGGCGAGACGAACCCGAACGGCAAGCUCGUGUACACGAUUGCGAAGCAGGCCAGUCACUACAACACCCAGGUUGUCUCUGGCGACGAUGACUACGAGGAGGGCGUGAUGAUUGACUACCGGCACUUUGACAGCGCUGGCAUCGAGCCCGAGUUUGAGUUUGGAUUUGGCCUCUCAUACACCACCUUUGACUACGCCGACCUCGAAGUGCAGUCCUCAGCCACCUCGGGCCCUAUUGCUGGCGACAUCGUGUCCGGUGGCCCUGCAGACUUUUUUGACGAGGUGGCCACCGUCACUGCGAGCGUAACCAACAGCGGCGCGGUCGCUGGCGCAGAGGUCGCACAGCUGUACCUGUCCUAUCCAGAGUCGGCAGCCGGCCAGCCACCGAAGCAGCUUCGUGGGUUCGCCAAGCUGCCGCUGGAGGCGGGUGCCUCUGGCCCCGUAAGCUUCAGCAUUCGCAAGAGGGAUGUCGCCGUCUGGGAUGUGGAGGGUCAGCAAUGGACUGUCCCUGCUGGGGAGUUUGGCGUGCUGGUCGGCGCCAGUAGCCGUGACAUUAGGCUGGAGGGCACGAUCCAAGUUGCUUGAGGUAUUCGGAGGGACAAAUUGCAUGGCAUAAUGGUUGAUAGAGUCUACGCAUCUAUUACAUUGAUACAUGUAUGAUCUUCACCCUGAGAGUGUGUCUUCUGUCACGGCUAUCACGUGUCU